CUUCUAAAAAGUAGUCUGCUAGGUUUGCUGCAGAUUCUUGGGUACUUUGAAUGAUUUUUUCUGGCAAGGGAUAUUGGAGUAAAAGAAAUUUUGGAUAAAAUCGAAGAAAAAUGGCUACGGCGGCCAAAACUGGUCCGCAGGAUAUGCCUCCACCUGGAGGGUACGGCAAUAUUACGUACGAGCGAGUCAAGUUAAAAACCAUCAUCAGAGGCCGCACGAUUCUGGGAUUAGUAUUAGGAUCCAUUGCCAUUGGAGCUACGAUACUGUCCAACACUCUGAGACGGAGGAAAACAGAGAAACGUGAGGUUCUCAGUGGAUACUUUGCUAUUUAUCCACUGCUUCUGGCGGAAAAAGAACGAAGGGUUUUAAAAUAUUUACAUGGCUUGCGGGCCGAGGAAGAAAAAUUGAUGCGUAACUUCCCUGAGUGGGAAGUCGGUACACUUCUUGGAGAACCGAUAUACAAGACGAUACCAAAAGAGCAAGUGAUAAUCCCAACAGAACCAGAAUGUUACAUGCAUUCCGAUCCCGAGGAGUCGAAAUUCCGUAGGACAUUCUGGAUGUACCGGUAAAAUUACACGAUACGGUAGUCUGAGCUUCGGUGUAGAUAAGGAAGUGUUAAAAAUACAUCUUGUAACGUCUUUGAAGGAUUCUUUCUUUAAAGAUUUUAUGUGUUAUCUAUUUAGUCUAGCAGUAAUAUCGUGAAUAUUGAUGGUAAUAAAGUUCUGCUUUGUCGAUUA